UGAAAAUAAUCGAAACAAGACCAUUGUUGCUACUGUUGUAAGCCUCUCUCUUUUCAUAAUAUUGGGUUCCUUUUCGUUUUGUUUCUGGAGAUGCAGAGCUAAACAUAAUGCUAUUAUAUCAAAUGAUGCCUCACAAGAUGAAUGGAGGAAUGGUCUGGAACGACAGGAUGUGACAGGUUUAGUUUUCUUUGAGAUGAAUACCAUUGAAACUGCCACCAAUUGUUUCAGUCUGUCUAAUAAACUCGGACAAGGUGGAUUUGGUUCAGUUUACAAGGGAAUGCUGCAAGAUGGGACGGAGAUUGCUGUAAAACGUCUUUCUAGCAGCUCAGGGCAGGGUAAAGAAGAGUUUAUGAAUGAAAUAGUACUCAUCUCAAAACUACAACACAAAAACUUGGUUCGGAUAUUGGGAUGUUGCAUUGAGGAGGAGAGGCUAUUGAUUUAUGAGUUCAUGUUGAACAAAAGCCUUGAUACUUUUCUCUUUGAUUCAAGAAGAAAGCUUGAGAUUGACUGGCCUAAGAGAUUAAGUAUCAUUCAAGGCAUUGCACGUGGACUUCACUAUCUCCAUCGUGACUCACACCUCAAGGUGAUUCACCGAGACCUGAAGGUGAGCAAUAUCCUUCUAGAUGAGAAGAUGAACCCAAGAAUUUCAGAUUUUGGAUUGGCCCGGAUGUAUCAAGGAACCGAAUAUCAGGAAAAUACUCGCAGGGUUGCAGGAACUCUAGGUUAUAUGUCUCCCGAGUAUGCAUGGAGUGGGAUGUUCUCUGAGAAAUCAGACAUCUAUAGCUUCGGAGUGCUGCUGUUGGAAAUAAUCAGUGGAGAGAAGAUUUCAAGAUUCAGCUACGGCGUAGAAGGAAAAACUCUCAUAGCUUAUGUGUGGGAAUCUUGGUGUGAAAAUGGAGGAAUUGAUCUUUUGGAUAACGAUAUUGCUGACUCAUGUCAACCACUAGAAGUUAAGAGAUGUGUUUUGAUUGGUUUGCUCUGUGUUCAACACCAACCUGCCGACAGACCCAACACACUUGAGUUACUGUCUAUGCUCACCACAACAUCAGAUCUCCCAUCACCAAAACAACCCACAUUUGUCGUGAACACCCGAGAUGAAGAACCGGUGUCUAAAGGUUCGAUCACUGUCAAUGAGAUGACGCAGUCUCUGAUUCUUGGGCGUUAAGAAAUAAAGUGUGAUAAAGAUUGGAGAAUUGAUGCUCUUUAAGGUGAUCAUAUUUUCAAUGUUGAUAACUUUAAGCUUCAAUUUUUUUUAAUGAAAGUGCUUCCGUUAUUUUAUUUUUGUUUUAUUGUAAAAACCUAUACUUCCAGGUUUACAUUUCUCAUCAGCAAGAUGAAAAUCUUUGAUUUUUCUUUUUUAAAUGUGUUGUGUUGAAGUUUAGUAAUAAAUCCAGAUUAGAUGAACCAUCACUUGCUUCAUAAAUUCCAGGCCCUUCGGAUCUGUACCUAUUUUGCAAGUUUUAUCAAUACAGAACAUUGCCGCAAGGGUUGUCUAGGAAGCGGUUCUUGCACGGCAUUUGCCU